AUGUUCUCCUGCGCGUUAUUGGUCGGCCUUCUGGUGCUCUACAUUAUUUGGGAUGUCAACUACUUUCUCCGGUGUGUGGUGACGCUCGGCUACGGCAUGCUGUUCCAGCGCAAGCGGAAAGUAACGGACCAAACGACCAUCUACAGCUUCUGCACCACGCAGGACGUGGACAUCUUCAUCCGCCACAUGAACAACGCCCGGUACCUGCGUGAGCUGGACUUUGCGCGGUUCCACUUCUACGGCCUGACCGGCAUCUACGGUAAAAUCAAAGCCAAACGGGGCGGCGCGGUCCAGGGUGCGUCCAGUGUGCGCUAUCGGCGCACGAUUCCGAUCUUCAACGCGUACAAGAUCACCACCAAGCUGGUCUGGUGGGACGAGAAGGCCAUCUACCUGGAGCAGCAGUUUGUGACGCUCGGUGAUGGGUUCGUGCGUGCCGUGGCCAUGUCGAAGCAAUGCAUUACCAAUGUGGACGUUGUGGAGCUGAUGAAGGAGUUCCCGGGCGCGGAGCAGAGACCACCGAUGCCGGAGGAGCUGAAGCUGUGGCUCGAUUCGAUCGAAAUAUCUAGCCAAAAGCUGCGCAAGGAUAAAUAG